AUGGUACUAUAUAUUAUCGGCUUAGGUCUGGGGGAUGAAAAGGAUAUCAGUGUAAAAGGAAAAGAGAUAAUUGAAAAGUCAGAUGUAGUGUAUUUAGAAUCAUAUACAUCCGUUUUAUUUGUAUCAAAGGAUAUUUUAGAAGAAUUUUACAAAAAACAUAUUAAAGAAGUGGAUAGGAAUUUUGCAGAAGAAAAUUGUGAACAGAUAUUAGAAGAAGCAAUAAAUAAAAAAGUAUCUUUCUUAGUUGUAGGGGACCCAUUAUGUGCAACUACACAUCAUGAUAUUAUCUUGAGAGCAAAAAGAAAAAAUAUUCAAGUUCAAAUAAUUCAUAAUGCAUCAAUUAUGUCAGCCAUAGGGGAAAGUGGGAUGCAGCUUUACAAUUUUGGACAAACCGUAUCCAUUCCAUAUUUUGAAGAGAAUUAUAGACCAACAAGUUUUUAUGACAAAAUCAAAGUAAAUUUAGAUAAUAAUUUCCAUACAUUAUGCUUAUUAGAUAUUAAAAUAAAAGAAAGAACGAUAGAAAAUAUAAUGAAAAAUAAAAAUAUUUAUGAACCAUCUAGAUUUAUGACUGUUAACGAAGCUAUUGAACAACUUAUUUAUUGUGAAAGUGUUCACAAACAAAAUGUAAUUACAGAUAAUACACAAGGCAUUGCCAUUGUUCGUAUAGGGUCAAACAACCAACAGAUUAUAUCUGGUAAACUGUUGGUACUAAAAUCUGUACAUUAUAAUGAUCCUUUGCACUCAUUAAUAAUUUGUUCUCCUAUUCUUCAUGAUAUAGAAAAGGAAUACUUCGAUUUGUAUUCACACAAAUGA